AGCUUCUGUGAUUGGUCGAGGAGAGCUCAACGCGAGCUCCCUGUAGCAAGAGAGGAACCGGUGGGCACGAAACAGUGUUGAAUUGGUGUAAAAUGGCGCUGUCUCAAGGAACAAAGAAAAAAGUUUGCUAUUACUAUGACGGGGAUGUGGGGAACUACUACUAUGGCCAGGGUCAUCCCAUGAAACCCCACAGGAUCCGCAUGACACACAACCUCCUUCUCAACUAUGGACUGUACAGAAAAAUGGAGAUCUAUAGACCACACAAAGCCAGUGGUGAAGAGAUGACAAAAUACCACAGUGAUGACUACAUUAAGUUCCUGAGGUCCAUCCGACCAGACAACAUGUCUGAGUAUAGCAAACAGAUGCAGAGAUUCAACGUCGGAGAGGAUUGUCCGGUGUUUGAUGGUCUUUUUGAGUUCUGCCAGCUCUCAACGGGUGGAUCUGUCGCUGGGGCAUUGAAGCUGAACAAACAGCAGACAGACAUCGCCAUCAACUGGGCCGGCGGACUCCACCACGCCAAGAAGUCCGAGGCCUCUGGUUUCUGCUACGUCAACGACAUCGUCCUGGCCAUCCUCGAACUGCUCAAGUACCACCAGAGGGUAUUAUACAUAGACAUUGACAUCCACCACGGUGACGGAGUGGAGGAGGCCUUCUACACCACAGACAGAGUCAUGACUGUCUCUUUCCACAAGUACGGGGAAUACUUCCCCGGCACCGGAGACCUGAGGGACAUCGGAGCUGGAAAGGGCAAGUACUAUGCAGUAAAUUACCCACUUAGAGACGGCAUUGACGAUGAGUCUUACGAAGCCAUCUUCAAACCUAUCAUGGCUAAAGUCAUGGAGAUGUACCAGCCGAGCGCUGUUGUACUCCAGUGUGGAGCUGAUUCUCUUUCUGGAGACAGACUGGGCUGCUUCAACCUCACCAUCAAAGGCCACGCCAAAUGUGUGGAGUACAUCAAGAGUUUCAACCUGCCCCUGCUGAUGCUGGGUGGCGGAGGCUACACCAUUCGCAACGUGGCCCGCUGCUGGACCUACGAGACGGCCGUGGCCUUGGACUGCUCCAUCCCCAACGAGCUGCCCUACAACGAUUACUUCGAGUACUUCGGGCCCGACUUCAAGCUGCACAUCAGCCCGUCCAACAUGACGAACCAGAACACCAACGAGUACCUGGAGAAGAUUAAGCAGCGUCUGUUUGAAAACCUCCGGAUGCUGCCACACGCCCCUGGUGUCCAGAUGCAGGCGAUCCCCGAGGAUGCUCCCCACCCGGACAGCGGAGACGAGGAUGAGGAGGACCCCGACAAACGCGUAUCCAUCCGGGCCCACGACAAGAGGAUAGCCUGUGAGGAAGAGUUUUCUGACUCUGAGGAUGAGGCGGAGGGGCAGGGAGGAGGCCGCAGGAAUGCAGCCAACCACAAGAAGGCAAAACGGGUGAAGAAGGAAGAAGAGAAGGAAGGAGAGGACAAGAAGGAAGUGAAAGAGGAAGAGAAGGAGGAAGAAAAGAUGGACACAUCAGGACCAAAAGAAGAGGUGAAGACGACUUGAAGCUUGGCACGAGGAGAAAUGGAUGUUGUACUGAUGUCCUUAAGCCCCACUGAAGUCUCCUGCUGUGAAGAUGGGACCCUUUUUGUAUUCCUGUUUUAUUAUGUGUUCUUAUGAGCAAACCUGGCUUACACUGUAUUGUUUGCAUUUGUUUCCAAGCUCAGCGAAGCUCCAGUUGAUUGGAUGUUGCACAAAGUGUAAACCUCACCCAACCCAACUGGAGCUUCGUAUAAAAACAAAUGCCAUAAACCCUUCUCAGCUGUUGUGUGAACCAGAUCUGCUUUAAUGUGAAGAAAACCAAGCUGUUACUGUUCCUACCAUGGCGUUUCAGAUUUAAACCAUUUUGUGGGGCUCACGGUAAAAUACCUGCAGAGACGUAGAUGAUUUCUAAGUCUAGUACUCACAUGUAAAAAAGGCUUUUCUGUUAGUUUUUAAACAUCUAUUUAUGAUACAGCUAGAAUAACCAGCAUUUGGCAAACUGUUGUUUGGCUUGCUGUGUUAAUUUACCAGUGAAUGCAUGUUUAGAAUGAUCUCGCCUUUAGCAUGUACAUAUUUAAGUCCCCGAUGCUCAGUAAGUUAUUUUAAAUCAUGAAAACACAGUCCCCUUUAGCCAUUAUGGAUAUCUGGUCAGUGUUUUUUAUUUUUCUUCCUGCAUUGUUUGUAUGUUGAAGUGUGAAUGGGUGAGGACCUCUCUAGAGGCUGAUGUUGGGAAGUGAAUGACUUGUUUUACAUAUUUUGUACCAUUAUACAUAAAGGUGGAGUGAGCUGGUAAAUGGCCCUUUACAUGUGGUUGUUUGGAGUUCUAUCCUUGUGAAAUGUGCAUUAUCAUAACUUUGUUAUAAAAAAUAAAGAAAACUGAUUUACA